CCACAAAAUAAUACGCUCUGUGUAUAAUGGCGACUUCUACAAGCGUUGCACCUGAGGCAUCUGUCAGAUGUGGAGUGCGGGCAGGUAGAGAGCAUUGGACUAACAUUAAAGCCGGACGUGAAAAGAGAAAUGGACCUGGGGUUCAGCAGUGGUCUGACGGAUCUAAAUAUGAAGGAGAAUUUGUGAAUGAUUUGAAGCACGGCACAGGAGUCUUCACCUGGACAAAUGGAGAGUUUUAUGAUGGCUCAUUCUACAAAGAUUAUCGUCAUGGAAAUGGGACUUAUUCCUGGCCAGCAGGCUUCAAAUUUGUGGGAAAGUUUUAUUUGAACCGGAAAGAGGGCUAUGGCAUUCAGACCUUCCCUGAUGGCACCACCUUUCAGGGGUUGUACCAUGCAGACGAGCGCUUUGGGCCAGGUGUGGUGACAUACCCAGAUGGACAUCAGGACGUGGGUCUAUGGCACCGGGAGAGGCUGCUGAGGCUGUGCACUGCUCUGGAGGGGGGCUUUACUCUCCAAGCCUUCCCAGAACACAUGGCUCAGAUCAACUGCAAGAAGGAGCCUAAGAACCAGUCCCAGAGCUCAGCCAAGGGGCCAGAGACCAAGGCCAAGCCUGGCACCAGGGAGGUUGGCACGGACCCACUUCUCUCUCCUUACCAUGAGCUGCUGCAGGACGAACACUUCAUCCUGCCCCCAGACAUGGACCGCUACUCCACAGACUCGGACCACCUGCCUGUGCCCUGGGGGCUGCGUAAGGAGCUGGACCUGCAAUUCUUCGGCGAGCACUGUGACAACCCAGACACUAACCCUGAUGUCUCAGCAGCUUUACCACUGCAGCAGCGCAUGCAGGCUCACAUCCAUAGGCACAGGUUUGAGGUGGAGGCACUGGACUGGGACGUGGAGGCUGUUCUGUCUGAGAACCGGCAAAGGUUUGGCCCUAAGGGAUCUCUGGAGCUCAACUCAGAGGGCCUCAUCCAGGAGGCCUCGCUGGGUGACCCGCAGAGUGUCUAUCGCAUCCUAAGGGAUGGUAAGAUACACCCUGAUGUUGGCGAUGCCCGAGGACACACAGCACUCAUUGCAGCUACGGUCAACUGCCAUAAUGAUGUGAUCCACCUGCUCCUGGACAGCGGAGCAGAUGUGAACAAGCUCAACUGUGAGGGCAUGUCUGCUCUGGCUGUUUGUAAUGUCCUGUACUACCCAAUCCAGUCACUCCAUGAGACAGUUGCAGAGAAGGUCCCACAAAAGACCCACCCAAAAUCACAGGCUGUCAAAGCCCGGUCCCCAUCAGUGAACAGUCCUCAGAGCAGCAUAGUGGAAGCCACCAAAAACAGAGCCCAGACCACCAAACAGGCUGACCAGCCCAAUCAGGCUGACGACACUGCUCCAAAGGGCCACACCAACCAGGCUGAUAACGAGGCUAUGGACCGUGGCCAGUGUAAUGACAGUCAAGUGUCCCUUUGCAAUGGCCAGGGUUAUUGUCAGGAAGAGGCUGACCAGGAUGAGGAUGAACAGUACCUCCAGGAAUGCAGUGACCAGGCUGCCCUGGACCUAGGCCGCAUGGACAUGAUAGUGGUGAGGGAAAGGCGAUCCAUCCAGGUGCUGGAUGGGAACAUCCCACUGGGCUGUGUCCCCUGGCAUGAGGGGGGUGGCUCUUAUGAUCUGACCCAGCAGCAGCAGGAGGAGGGAGAGGCCGGAUCAGAGGAGGACCGGAGGAGGAGGGAGAGGAGAGGCAGCCUUAUGGCUGACCCAGCGUUUGACUCGGCCCGCUCCCUGGCCAGCUUCCACAUCCAUGUCACGGAGGAGGUCAUGCAGAAGACGGCUGAGGCCUUAAGCCGAUCAGGCCUGGUACCACAUGCUGACACCCAGGAGACCGUCCGCAAGAUGGCCCUCAUGAAGACCGAGCACCGGGGAAGGUGGACCACCAUGAAGCUGCUACUGGACAGGGGAGCAGACCCUAACACCUCCAGUGUGCCCAUGCCUGUCCUCUUCCUGGCCAUCAAGGCAGGCCACAUCCAAGCUGUCAGGCGUCUGCUGGAGUGUGGAGCACGCACUGAUAUGUGCCUGCCUUCAGAACAAAGGGGUUUCUACCCCCUGCACAUCGCUGCAGCUCUCCCCGGGGCAGAGGGCCCCAAAAUCACUGAGCUGCUGCUGCACGCCGUGGCAGACCCAGAUGUCACCGCCCAAGACGCUCACGAGGUGUUUAAGCUGGACAAGAACCCUGUGGAGCCCCAGGCUGGUUUUGGGAAUAAGUCUUCCACGUCAUCCGGCCCCCCGUCUCAGUUCUAUAUGGCCCCCAGUGUUCCCCCAGAAGAGGGGGGCAGGACUCCUCUGCACAUGGCCUGCCAGAGAGACAAGGACUACACUAAUGCUAGGGAGGUUGUGUCACUGCUCCUCUCCCACAAGGCAAGCACCAAUCUUCUGUGGAGUGGCCACUCUCCCCUCUCUCUAGCUAUCGCUAGCGGCAACGACUUGGCUGUUGAUGAGCUGUUGGCUGGGGGUGCUGACCCCAACCUCCCCCUGACCCGCCGGGUGGGUAGUGCCCUCUGUGCCAUGACCAAUAUCAGCUACGACUGUGCGGCUCACCUCCGCAACAGAACCAAGCUGCUGGAGAAACUGAUGAAGGCUGGUGCCAACAUACUGAUGCCAGUGGUGGUUGGUGAGGGCCGCAGGUGUGCUGUGGGCACCGCUGUGGACUACGCCCACUAUGCAUUUCACCAGGACUGGCGCAUCGCCCACACCCCGUACCAUGCCCUGAACCAGAGGGAGAGAGAGGCAUACAAUGCCCGCAGACAGAUCCUCAGCGUGAUGGGAGACCUGCUGCGUCAGGCAGUCAUCAGGAUGGAGAGACAGCGUGUAGAGAGGGAGCAGGACCUGGGCAUCAGCAGUGUUAGUCCCACAGAGAAGUUUGUGUACACUGGAGCAGGAGCCACUCCUCCCUGGAACAAGGCAGCCAGAGCAGUUCUCUCUGAGGAGCAGGACAGCACAGAGUCUCUCCCUCAGCAGAUAGAACAGCAGCAGAGGGCAGAGCAGAGACGGGGAAGUAAGGCAGUCAUUGUCAGGAAGCCCCUGUUUAAAUACUGCUACCAGUGUGGCCGUUCUGUGGGUGUGGUCCUGAUCGCCUGCAGCCGCUGUCACGAGGUAUUCUACUGUAGCAAGACGUGCAAGAUGAAGGCCUGGAACGACCGCCACAAGGAUGAGUGUGUCCGUGUACCAGCUAAGCCCAAAGACCCAAACAGCUCUAUGAGGAAGGCCAAAAGCAGCGAGGGCUCUCAGGAUCCCGCCACUCGGAGACGAUAUUUAGGAGCCGGGGCCAAAACCAAGACGGGCCAGCUCAACCUGGCCCAGAAACUCUCAGAAAGCCACUAUGGAACCCUGAAAGAGAACUACAGCUUCAUCUGACAGCUACACAUAGACUGAUUCUGUUAUAUUAAAGUACUUUGGGAAUGGAAUAUAUUCUCUAGAAAGAUGAAUGGAGGAGAGUGGUGACUUGGUUUCAUGUGAAACUGUGUGCCAGAUGACUUGACAGACAUGAGAAUGUGCAGUAAGAUAAAAUGUAUAAUCAUUGGGCAUUAUCCCAGUACCUUUGACUCUGUUACCAGAAGAAGCAAUUACAAAUAACAGUCAGUCUCAGUCGGACAUCUUUAAAAUGUCAUCACGUUUAUAAUAGCUGACAAUUCAUGGGGGAAAACAACGACAGAAUGUCGACAUAUUUUCACCUUGGCAUUGUUGCUCAAUCACAAGAACCUCAAAAGGGGAAUUUUGUAUUUAUUUUUCAAAUGGGCACAUUUUACUUAUGCCUCCCACUGUAUUGUACGACAAUCAAGUGUGUCCACCAAAUACUUUGGGGCCCUUGAUUUUCACACCCUGACACAUAAAACCACAUUCACACCACACGCACACAUUUUAUGUAAUCACCCAGCCUGUAUCUGUAUCCAAAUCAAUCAGCACCUCAACAUGGCGCUUCUCUCCCAUUGAUUUUUCCAUAUGAGGAUUCUCUGUGUGUUGAGAGGG